AUGAAUCGGAGACAACCCCCGAGACGCCACGCCUGCGUCCGCUGUGUUCGACUCAAAGUGCGAUGUCAGCCUGUUGAAGGCACUGGCACUUGCAUCCGCUGCACUCGACUGGGCCAGUCAUGCACGCUCCCCGAUAGCUUACGCGCGAGUAGUCGGCCCAGAAAAACACGCAUCGAUGCCUUACAAGAACAGAUCGAUAACCUAGUCACCCAACUUGCUAGCAAGCAAGCGGCCAACUGUCAAACCCCGUCGCGAACCGCCAGUGUGACCAACACAAACGAUUCGCCCGAUCCGUACCAGAAGGAUUCACCGUCGCAACUGGCCCGCAGUGAGAGCGAAGGCGACUCGCUUUUUGGCAACCUGGUAACCCUCGAGGAGGCUGACGAGCUCCUGGCUAAAUUUCGAGCCCAGAAGAUGCACCACUUCCCUUUUGUCAUCAUACCACCAGACAUGGACAUCGCCUCACUGCGCGAUCAAUACCCCUUCCUGCUGACAUGUAUCGUCUGGGCUUCUUUGGAGCACAACAACCCCUUACAACUGAAGAUGGAAGGCAUGAUCAGACAGACGAUCGCGAAUCGCGUCUUCGUCAACAGCGAACGAAGCAUGGAUCUGCUGCAGGGACUGCUGGUGCAUUCGGCCUGGUACCAUUACCAUUGGAAGAGUAUGCAUGCGCAUCAGUACUUGCUACUUCAGGUGCUGCCGAUGCUUGUCUACGACCUCGGCCUGGAUCAGGAUGAGACGGUCAAGAUGCAACUGCAGUCGGGACAGAUAAGUGAGCCCCGAAAAGAGCAGUUGCACAAGACUCCGGCGGCUCAACGCGCUCUUCUGGGCUGCUACUAUCUGUGCCACAAAUCCUCGAUGUUUCGCCGACAUAUGAACAUGCGACACACCAAGUGCAUCGAUACCUGCGUGAAAAACCUCACCGAAAAUCCCGAAUAUCCCAGUGACGCGCUGCUGAGAGCGCUCAUAGAAACGCAGCCACUCAUGCGCAAGUCGCACACGCUGCUAGGCGAUGAGCUGAACUACUGCACCGACCAAUGUCGCGAUGCGACCUGGGAACAGAUCCUCGAUGCGGUGGCCAGACACCAGAAAGAGGUCGAUGAUCUGAGAUCGCGCCAUAAUCUACAGGACAAUUGGGCCAUGCGCAUGGAGCUGGACGCCUUUCCCACCCUCAUGUUCGGGCACUUCCUACGCCGCCAGAAGGACGCGUUCUACCUGCGCGACAUCAACCAGCUGCAGCCGCUCGCCACGUCCGCCCACCGGGUGGCGGCCACAUUCCUCGCGACCCCAUCCGCCGUGGCAGUGCACCUGCCGAUCUCGUCCUACACGACCUGCUGGUACGCCAUCGUCCUCCUAUGCAAGCUGGGCUUGUCCUUUGGCAUCUACAGCCAGCUACCGACGGAUCUCGGCACGCGCAGCGUGCACGAGGUGGUCCUUGCCACGGUGCACAAGAUUGAAGGGUUCUCGCUCGGGGACGAUCUGUGGGCGGGCUGCAAGAGGGCCAUCGCCAAGCUUCUGAGCUGGCUGGAGAAGACCAGCAACGAAACCCCGCGGCCCAUGCUGCCCAGUCCCGCCGUCGCCACGUCCGAACCACCCAGCCUCAUGGCACUGCCGCCCCCCAUGCACUGCCCCCCUGGUCCGAUGAUGCCGCUGUCGCAACAGUACCACGUUCCAGAUCAAUGGCAGUCGCCGCCGAUCCCUGGCGGUCUACCGACGGGGUUCGAGACGGACAUGAUGAUGGGCAUGGAGAGCAACAUCAUCGUGCAACACAUGAUCGAUGAACUCAGCCUGUUCGGGUGGGCGGGACAGGGUCCCUAUCUGCCAAGCAUUGGGGUCUGAUCAUUGGGGUUCUAGCAGCAAUAGUGCUGACUUCUCUACUGGAGCGCCCCUGUGCCGCUAGACUGUGGGCAUUUUGAUGAUCGCCACGCAUUUUGUACAUGAUUUGACGCGUUUCCGCUAUCUGUCUCAAUGAGCGUACUAGAUUGGGUUUAGGAUAUGGGCGUUGCGGGUUGCUUCUUGGCAAGCGAGUUUGAAUUGAUUAUAAUAUU